CAACUCAUCUGUUUUUCUUCCUCUCAUUCUUAGCAUCGCUCCAUCAUAAUUUAUAUUACAAAUUACAGAGAGUCUACUACAUCAUUCGCAAAUACCUACCCUUUCUGAACUCCCUCUUCCUCUUUCUCUCAAUCACCCACGAUGAACGAUGCAGAUGUCUCCAAACAGAUCCAGCAGAUGGUCAGAUUCAUCCGUCAGGAAGCUGAAGAGAAGGCCAACGAGAUCUCAGUUUCUGCUGAAGAAGAAUUCAAUAUUGAAAAGUUGCAGCUGGUAGAGGCAGAGAAGAAGAAGAUCAGGCAAGAGUAUGAGCGUAAAGAGAAGCAAGUCGAUGUUCGAAAGAAGAUUGAAUACUCCAUGCAGCUUAAUGCUUCUCGAAUUAAAGUUCUUCAAGCCCAAGAUGAUGUGGUUAAUGCCAUGAAAGAGGCAGCAGGAAAUGAUCUUCUGAAUGUGAGCCAUGAUCAUCAUGUUUACAAAAAGCUUCUGAAAGAUCUGAUAGUUCAGAGUUUGCUCAGACUGAAGGAGCCUUCUGUCCUGCUGCGCUGCCGAAAAGAUGACCUGCAUUUGGUGCAGUCUGUCCUGGAUUCUGCAAAGCAGGAAUAUGCAGAGAAAGUAAAUGUUCAUGCACCAGAAAUCAUAGUUGAUAAUCACGUCUAUCUUCCACCUGCUCCUAGUCAUCAUGAUGCCCAUGGUCCUUACUGCUCUGGAGGUGUGGUCCUGGCUUCUCGAGAUGGGAAAAUUGUGUGUGAGAAUACCCUUGAUGCACGGUUGGAUGUCGUGUUCCGUAAAAAGCUUCCUGAGAUCCGAAAGAGGCUUUUUGGUCAGGUGGCUACAUGAUGGGUUGGCGUACAUUUUUGUUUCACCCCGGAUAAUUUAUGUCCAGUGUUUAAAGAUCAGAAUCUAUUAUUAAUUGCUUGGUCCUGUAUUUUUUCUAAUAUUCAUUUUUGCAGAAUCCGGUUGUUUCUGAAAUUAGGGUAGCUGGUACUUGUUUAGUUCUGGUAAUUUUUGUGGGGCAUGGCAAUGUACUCUUGUUUAAUAAUAAGCCGACGUCUAGUCUUUUGCG